AUGGCGGGGACGGAGGCCGUGGAGCAGGCGCACGAGCUCUACAGGGGCGGCCGCCACCGGGAGGCGCUCCAGCUCUACACGGCCGCGCUGGCGGCGGCGCGGGGCCCCGCGCAGCGCAUCGCCCUCCACAGCAACCGCGCCGCCUGCUACCUCAAGCUCCACGACUUCCACAAGGCCGCCGAAGAGUGCACAUCUGUCCUUGAGUUGGACACUGAGCAUGCUGGAGCUCUCAUGCUACGUGCCCAGACUCUUGUCACUCUAAAAGAUUACCAGUCGGCUUUAUUUGAUGUGAACAGGCUAAUUGAAAUUAAUCCGUCAUCCGAAGUAUAUCGGAACCUUCAUGCACGGCUCAAGACACAGCUGUCACUAGCUCCGAUCCCAGAAUCUGAAGAGGAGUCGCUGUAUACUGAAGAAGACAAAGAAGAUGUGCCUCUAAAAGAAGAUAAAAUGAGUGAAACUUUUGUCGUUAAAUCUGAUCAACCUACUGCUAAACUGAUUCCAGAAAAGAAACCUGCAAGUGAACCUCCAAAGGUUGAGGUGCCUCCCAGUCUGGCUUCAAAACCCCAGGGUUGGGAGACCGUCCAAAAACCAAAGGGCCAUUCAGGACUUGACUACUCGAAAUGGGACAAAGUGGAGGACGAUUCGAGUGAAGAUGACGAGGAUGAUGAUGAAGAUGAGAUGCCCCAGUAUAAAUUCAAAGUCAGAACCAUCGGUGUGCGUUCUGUGAAGUGAUGGGAUUACCAAUCAAUAAAUGUAUUACUCCGUGGUCUGUGGAUAGUCGUUUGACAGCAUCCCUACUAACUGAGGUCCCAUUUGCUGUUCAACAUCUCGGAAUACUUGGAUGAACAAGUGUUACCUGUCGGUGUUUGCUUAGCUGGGACUCAACAAAGUGUGAUAAUAGAAGAGCCCCCGCUGCUCUCAUGUUGUGAGCUGGAGCUCAGGUUCCAGGAUUUGGAACCUUGCCUGGGAAAUCGUCAAGUUUGUGGAGCACAUCAUGUUCCGGGGCACAGGGGUAAAGGAGCACAGCACGUUGAUGCUGUAGAAAAAACCCCUUUAGUUCAGGCUGACAAUCUUAUUGCAGUGUUCAUCUUCGUAGAAUCCUAGUCUAGUUACCAGUGUAGAUACAUUGCCCAUCCAUGUAUUUGAAGUUCUAUUUGUGUUGAUCCGAGUUCCGUGUUCCUUGUUGAUCCAAACCAAUAGUGGCUUUACUUUAA